CCUAUGACGUACGCUCAGCGAUUCGUAAUUGAGCGAGAAAUAGAGAGAGCGCGCGUCGCUUUGUUCAGCAAACCUCUAUUGCGAUCAGUUUGUCCUUUCCAACAAAACCUCAAUCUCUUAUACUUUUUUUCAGUUUUAUAAACAUAAAAUCCGCUCAACAUGUCACUGGAAGCGUCAAUGAUUGUGAUUGACAACUCAGAGUGGAUGCGGAACGGCGAUUAUACGCCCAAUCGACUCGCAGCGCAAAACGAAGCUGUCAAUCUCAUCUUUUCGUCAAAGACACAGGCCAACCGAGAAAGCACGGUCGGCUUGAUGACCAUGGCUGGCAAGAGCCCUGAAGUGUUGGUCACAUUAACUUCGGAUGUCGGUAAAAUUCUGUCCGCACUACACGGCGUGAAAAUCAGUAACAAGGCUGAUUUCAUGACGGGUAUACAAAUUGCACAGCUUGCAUUAAAACACAGACAAAACCGAAAUCAACGUCAACGCAUUGUGGUGUUUGUCGGUAGUCCAGUCGAGGCAGACGAAAGAACGCUUGUUAAAUUGGCUAAGAAGAUGAAGAAGAAUAACGUUGCUGUAGACAUUGUCAAUUUCGGAGAGGAGGCAGAGAACACGGCCAAGUUGGAGGCAUUUAUUAACAAUGUUAAUAAUAGUGAUAACAGUCACCUUGUCAGCAUUCCUCCAGGACCUCAUAUUUUAAGCGACAUGCUUAUAUCGACCCCGAUUAUAGCUGGUGAGGAAGGCGCACCCAGCGGAUUUGGUGGUGGAGGCGGUGAUUUCGAGUUUGGCGUUGAUCCCAAUUUGGACCCUGAACUUGCUUUGGCACUCCGUAUUUCAUUGGAAGAAGAAAAGGCCCGUCAAGAAGCCGAGGCAGCAAAGCAGGGUGGAGGCAGUAGUGGCAGUGGCGACAAAUCAAUGGGCGAAUCUUCGUCAUCACAAGCAGCACAAGUUAGCGGCGAAAGUAUGGCCAUUGACUCGAAAGCACCAGCAAGCGGAGAGCAGCAGAAGCAUGAGGAUAUGAGCGCCGAGGAUGCUGAAUUGCAAGCUGCUCUUGCCAUGUCGAUGGGUGAUAAUAAUAAUGCCCAGGGUGGCGCUGUACCGGACGAAGAUGUAAACAUGGACGAUCUCAGUGAACAAGACCAGCUCCAGCGAGCAUUGGAAAUGUCAAUGAACAAUGAUAGCGCUGAGGCAAACAACGAGAUGCUGUCUGCAGUACUGAGCUCGUUACCCGGUGUGGACCAGAACGACGAGCGGAUCCAGAAGGCAUUGGAGGAUCUUCAGGAUAAGAAGGACAAGGAAGGCAAAAAGGAUGACGAUAAAUAAAAGGAGAAAUCUCAUAUCCAUUUCCUUCUACCCUUUUCUUUAUAUACGACAUGCGCAUACUAUAUUACCCUCUACCUUCUUCACCUUCCAAUCUCACGAUCUAAAUAAAUAAAAAAAAAGAGAAAAAACGACAUAGCAACUACUACUCUA